UUGUAGGCGGACGAGUUGAAGUUGUGUCAAUUGGUAGUGUGUUUGUUGGUUGUGUUCGUUGGGUCAGUGGUUUGUGAUCCUGCCUACAAUAAUGAGAUAAGUCAUACUGAGUCUGAGGUACAUCACGAGGCCUAUCAACCUGUUAUGCAGCGCUCUGAUUGUUGCUUUGCGACACCACAACUUUCAUUUGAAAACCACCUUGUUUCUGAUAAUGUCUCCUUUCGUCGGAGACUAAGCAAAAAAGGCAGCUCCGGAAAGUCGAAGUCUGUUAAUUUCUCUGAUGUGACCACUUAUUCAUUUGAGCGUCAACAAGGCUCUUCGUCCAUCCCUGAUACAGGCUGGUGCACAAUUGGCAUGGCACAAAAACACUUCGGUGUAUCUCGGUUAGAUCUUCAUCAAUAUAGACUACUUCGAAGGCUUCGUCGAAAGCAACGAGGGUUGAACGCACUCAAGGACGAAACAGGAGUAAACACAUCAAAUCGUGGGCGUGGGAGAGGUAGAAUGAGGGGUCGGGCGAAGCGUGUAAAUAACAACUGUCGUAGUCCUGGAGAUUCAUGUCGUGUGCCCAACUUCUCACCUCCUCCGCUCUCCCCUCAAGUGGGCAGUGACAAUCCACUUUUCACGGAGACGUUAACAGAUGGUGUUUAUGCUACUCCACCACCUCCAUAUUUAACCCCUCCUUCACCAAGAAGACUAGUUUACUGUUUGGAUGAUCCUUCACUAUGUACCAGUGUUUUUAAUUCACUUGAUCUAAUGGAUACUGACUCUGAAGCUUCCCUCGACCACGCUCCUCCACUUAGUUCACCAGGACGCAAAAAAAGCAGUAGGCAGAAAUUAAUGCCACUAAAUUCUGCUGAAAGGAUAAGGCUUUUAAGAUCAUCAGGUAUCACAAAAAUCGAUGGGUCGGAACGCCUCGUUUGCUCUUUUAUACGGACAAUGCGCUCACGUGUUGGCUGUAAUUGUGGUCCAACAGAUUCAUGUAAACCCGGUCGGUGUUCAUGUGCAGAUGAAGGAAUUCCUUGCCAGGUUGAUCGAGAAUCUUUCCCUUGCACUUGUGCAGCAACUGGAUGCUGUAACCCAAGUGGUCGUAAUGAGUUUUCUCGUGAACAAGUUCGUGCACACGCUGAACAUGUAUUGGCACGAGUGUCUAGUAAAUCACCUAUCAAGCCUGUUAAAUCGCCUCGAAAUGUGUCAGGUGGUGUAAUGUCAGCUAAUUUAGAUCUCAGUACAUCGAAUGGGGCUUGUACACUGUGUUCAUUAGAUAGUUCAAAAACAAUAUUAUCAUCAAGUACUCCAUUGUCUAGUUUUACCGGUAAUAAUAUGCAUCAGAAACCGGUGCACAAUUCCAAUUCGCCAACAAACAACAGUCAAUGGUUAUUAAAUCGUAGUAAUAUUAGAAUUAGUAGUAGUAGUAAAAAUAUAUCUCCUAUACCUGUGGUUAACAAUAAUAAUAAUAAUGAUGUUGAUAAUGAUAAUGAAAUAGGCUGGUUGCAUCAAUGUUCAGAACCUAUCAGAACACCUGGAAAAAAGAAUCGUAGUGUAGCUUUGAAUUCCAUUGAAACCACCAUCCCGAUCACUGCUGCUGGAGAUUGUUUGCAACAGAAUUCUUCUAAUCCACCUGCCAAUUUUACUCCUGAUCACAAAAAGAAUUCUAGAAUUGUGAUAGAUUUGACUCUGUCUCCAUCAGAUGGUGAUGACGAUGAUAGUGGUGGUGGUGGUGGCGGCGAUAAGUUACGCAAAAGUCCAAAAUCUAAACGUGACCGGAGUCGACCUGCAGUUCACAGACAAACUCCUCUAAUUAAAUCGACAAAAUCUUCACCGUGCGAAGAUAAAUAUUCAAAAAGUCAUAAAACAAAACAAUCUUCUUUAUCAGUGCUUCACACUUCUUCUGUUAUCGACUCAUUUUCUGAUAUGCCAAUAAUAACAGCACAGGAUUAUAAUAAUGAUGUUGACGAUGAAUCCCCUUCGGGUUGUCGAAAUUCUCCUCUGCUAAAAUUCGCUCAACGGCGAAGAUCACGCUCAGAAGAGCCAUCUAGGGAACUGCGUAACUGUGAUAUUACCCCUGUAAAAAUGAUUAGCAAUUAUUGUGAAAAUGUUAAUAAUAAUGAUGAUAAUAGCAUUAUUGAUUGUGUUGCGUCACCAGAUUCAUCAUUUGUGAAUAACAACAAUAGGAUGAUGAACAGAUGUACGACAAAUGAUGCUGAUGAUGGUGAUGACGGUAGUAUUACUCAAUCUCCUGGCGCCUCCAACACAGAUUUACGCUGGUCUUCAGCAGGAAAUAAGAAUAAAUAUGGUAUGAUUACAAAAUCAGCACCAAACAGUCCUUAUACACCAAAUCCCAUUAAGGAUAAUUGUUCAUUCGGUAGAAUAUCUUUACGUCGUCGAGCUAUUCUACGCCUUCCAGUAACACCGUCUAAACGUGCAGCAGGACAAUCGAAUCGUCAACGUAGUGCUGCCAAUUCACCAGCAUCGCGUAAUCCACUCCAAUCUACUCCAAGUGGUUCAAAUUCUCCAACUGUUGCAAAAUCCUCCUCCUCCUCCGCCGCCGCCUCAUCAUCGUCAUCACUAUGCAAAAAUAAUUCAAUGUCGUCAACUAAACAAUCUUUUAUUGAUCAUAAUCAUAAUAACAAUAACCAUGGUAAUUCGGUGAUUGACAACAAUUCAAAUUGAAUGUCAUGUAUGUAGAAUAAUUAAAAAGUACCCAGCUUGUGUCGUCGUUGUUUUGCAUUCAAUCAGUCAAUGGUGAAUAUUUUUGAACUAGAGGCGAAGAAGAGAACUACAGCCACCUAAAGCGUAUGCUAUUUCUUUUAUUUUAAAAGAAUCCUUUUCUCUUUCAUCAUUUUCCUACUUUUAGUAUUAUUACUACUACUAUUACUAUUACUACUACAAGUACUGCGACCUUGACAAUGACAACAGAUAUAGAUAGCCCCAACAAUGAUAGUGAUUGAUUUUUAUUAAUUCUUAUUUACUUUUUUUCAUUUUUUAUGCUAUAGUCAUGAUUUAUAUAUAUUUAUUCACUUAUUUAUUUUUGAACAUUAUUACAUUAUUAAGAAGUAGUUUUCGCAUCCUUUUUUAUAAUUCAAAAUUUGACGUAUUCUUCACUCCUUUUAGAUGAUGAAAAUCAUACCAAAUGUGUAAUAAAUGACUGUGUGUGUGUGUGUGCGUGUGUGUUGUACACUACUCCCACUUAUCACACAAACACCCACUCACCCACCCACCGACAUCCACACUGACACGCCCACGCAGAGGCAUAUCUAUCUGCGGUGUUCUUACCAUUAUUUAUUUUUUUGUCCUCUCUCUAUCUCUCAUAUAUGAUUUGUAUUCAUUACAUUGACGACAUUAAUUAUUUUGGGGAUUUUUUUGUGUAUCACAGAGCUCUUAUUUUUUAUGCCUGAAAGGAAAAAGAACGUCUUUCUACUACUGUGUUACUUACUUACUGUGUAUAUCCAUCCCUGAACACAAUUUAUAAAAUGUAUGUAUAUAUAUUUAUACUAUGUGUAUAUUAUCUAUUGGAAGACAAAACACAAAGUGAUAAUUUAGUGGUUUAUAUUGUGUUAUCAUUAUGAUCAGUAAUGUUGGUGUUAGUGUUGGUGUUGAUAUUGGUAGUAGUGGUAGUGGUAGUGACUGACAAUCAUUAUUAGGACAUUUCACGUUUCUACUGCACUGUUAUCUGGUUUUAUACUACUUUACUAAGAAUGUGCGUACGUGAGAGCGCGUGCGUGUGUGUAUGAAUGUGGAUGUGUACAUAUAUAAUUAGUCGUAAUAAAAUAACUGCCAGUUUGUAUUACU